ACGUGAAUUUAAAAGAUAUAUAAUACAAAACACAUUAUCUAGCAUAAAAACUAUUGUCUCCGUUGAUGCUAAUGUCUCUGUCGAUGCGUGUGCAAAAAUUCACCAAGAUUACCUAACGCUGAAGGGGAAAAAUAAUAGUGACACAUAUUAUGCUGAUUAUUAUGAUUUGGAAACUUGUUUUAAAACUUUUAAAUUUAAUGCUACACGAGCAAACAAGACGAUUAACACGAUUAAAGGAAUUUUAGAAAAUUUUUACCCAUUUCUAGACCAAGCUAAAGAACCACCACAACCAGGCUUCACAUUUCAAUCUAUUGACGUAAUAAACAAGCUUGAAGAAUUGCUUAAUAAUCAAUAUAGCACAGAUUUUCAAUUCAUCACAGAUCUACAAUUUUUGCUAUUCCAACUGAAAGAUGGACACCUAUUUUUUUUUUCUAACUGUUAUAAUCAAAUAUUCACAUUUGACCAAGGACUAUCUUUAUAUUCUAUUAUCAAGCCUGACGGGAAACAGGCAAUCAAAAUAUUCAAUGAUGUAAUUGACAGCAGUUUAAUUGAUUGUGAAGUAGUAAAAAUCGACUCUCGCCCAGCUAUGGAAGUUCUAAUAGAGUUCGCAAAUGAAAAAACAUUUUCAUCCAAAGAUCUUGGUGUACGGUUUAAUUCGGUGAUAUCUUCUAUUAGCCUUGAAAAUAAUAAUAUCAGAGUAUCGCCAUUAACUCAGCAAUUCACUAAAAGUCGUAUAUUACCUGAAAAACCUAGCAUCUCAUAUGUUUUAACUUGCAACGGAUCCACUUCGACAAUCGAGCGUUUCUGGAAAAUAACAUCUGAUUUUUAUGAUAAUUUUACAGACUCGAACUCUUAUUGGAAUAAUUUUUGUGCAGCGACAACAACCCCCACUCUAUUUGACCCAUUUAAUGAUUUUGGCGAUUACAGUAAAACAUAUGAUACCAUGUUAUCCAAAGCGCAAAUAGUUUUUAAUGGUACUAGUUCUCGUUUUUACAUGCAGAAUCAGACCGGAAUUGUAUUAAUUUCCAUUUUCGAAACUACUGUUGGUGAACAAGAGCAGAUGAAAGAUAUUUUACAAGGUUUCAAUAAACUUAAUGAAAUGGGAGCAAAAAAGAUUGUUCUUGAUCUGACUGAUAAUAGUGGUGGCGUAAUAUCCGUUGCCGAAUUUAUGAAUAUUUUACUAUUCCCAAACACAAAUCCUUCUUUCCCAAGUGAUGCAAAAGUCACUAACUUUUCCAAAUUAGCAAUUCAGACAGCGACUACAGCACAAAUAUCCGGUAACAUCUUUGAGGCUCAACAAUAUGCAACAUUUUCAACUGAACAAGUAUUCAAUACUUCACAAGAUUUUAUAGGAAACAACGUAUACACACGUGGAACUCAAGUAAGCUAUACUAAUAAAUUCAUUCAUAUUGGAAAUAGAGAAAUCUUUCGACAAGUUCUUGGGAAUAACCCACCAAAAUAUCCAUGGACAUCGGAAAAUAUAAUUAUUUUAACAAAUGGUAUUUGUGGAUCAUCAUGUGCUAUGAUAACUCAACAUCUAGCAGAAUUACAAGGUGUCGCUACCAUAGCAGUUGGAGGAUUUGCAGAGACACCUUUAUCAUUUGCAUCAUUUCCUGGUGGGCAAGCUUUCAAUAGCUACGUAUUAUUUGGGAAUUUAAUCGAGUUAGGAUUACUUGAUAACCCACUUUCACCACAACCCUUUGAUAUUUAUGCUACUCUCGCAUUUCCUAUAUUUGAAAUCUAUAGCGUUAAAAAUGAUCAAGAAGUUUUGGAAUUUACGUAUAAAAAGGCGGAUCAUAGAUUAUUUUAUGACGAGAAAAGUAUCAGAGACCCUAGUUUAUUAUGGGCACAAGCCUCGUCAUUGCUUAAUUAG